CUGCGAUGGGAUCGAUAUCGGUCCGACCGCGAGAUAUCACAAGCCACCAUCUCUGUCAGUCUCAACUUGACCAGCGCCGCCAUCAUGCACGAUCCUAGUAGCCGUCGACACCGAACACGCAUACCCCUGCACCCGCGCCCCUACGUAACAUCGUUUACCACAAGGGCUGCGAUCAGUUACGCGACGUCGCUCGAAUACAACCACAACAAUUUGGAGGCUCCCACGUAUGGGAUGCAGAACGUAGUCCAGAGCGUGGAUGGCUCAGAACAGAUCAUAUUCAGCAUCAUUGACAGCACUUACGCGUUCAUCACGUUGGACUCGACAGGCUGCUCGUCAAUCGAGUCAGCAAAGUUCUUUGCAGGCGCAGUACAGCCUGAGGAUGUGGUGGAAGAUGACGGGGAUCCUGGAUGGGCAGACGAGGAGCAAGCUACCUUUGUACUGCCUGCGAGUGAUCAAGUUGGACAUCGCCGCGGAGGCCGACCAAUAGGCGCUGGCCGGGAGGAGCGCAUACAUCUCUCCGAGUCGGAAGAUAAGUUCACGUCGUCUGGUCAUUCGGUGACAUCAAAUGAUAGCGGUGGAGGGAGCGAAGGGGGGUAUCUUGGCGGUCCUGAGGUUGGUGGCGAAGACGAUGUGGCGGCUGCAGUUAUUGCUAGCCGUGCAACGAAGCAGUCGCGACCAGUGCAUAGCGCAAGUUCACACUCAGAAUCCGGCGUCACUGAGCCAGACAAGAACGCUUUGGAACGCAGGCCCGACUUUGUCAUCAUGCACACGCUGAGUCGGCGCAUGAAGCGACCUCACAAAGGCGCGCGUGGCCUCCAUGUUGAACGCUAUCUACGGAACUGUGGCCGUGUCACUCAUCAUCGCUGCAUCUUGCUACUUGAGGAGGACAAACCAAACCCAAGUCGCCGCGCCUUCGGAGCCAACGUCUACGCGCUUGCAAAAAGACAGCUCAAGCAUGCAGAGAGCGAAAUCGUUGAAUAUCUAUCUGCCUACUUCAUCGACGACCUCGAGACGCAAGUAGUCAUCGUACGGUCUACGUCAGGUCAGUUCUGGCGCUGGGCUGUAUUGACUCGCGACGAGAUACCUGAGUGGGACCACGCGAGGCGGAACGUAAGGAAGGAUGCCAUCAACCUCGAGAAGCUUAAUAGCUACAUCGAGAAGAUGGAGAAUAUCCCGGUUUAUCGACUGGGCACGCGACCCUCCGACGAGGAGCUCAGUCGUCUGCAGCGCACACUGUAUCAACACGCUCGCGCGUGCCAUCGGCGUCACCCUUGGAUCAGCCACAUGUUCUGA